AUGGCCUGCUCACAGGUCCUGGAGCAGCCCUCGGACGGCCGCUGGAAAGGCCACAUCCAUGACCCUCAGCGUGGGACAGACCGAGUGGGCUUCUUCCCCCCCUCUGUGGUGGAGGUGCUGAGCCGCAGGACAGGGGCCACACUGUCCCGUCACGCCUCCCUGCCCUCCCCGAGAGCCCCCCAGCCCGAGCAGCUGUACCCAGGCGCAUGUGACCCAUCAGGUGGUCGUCUGUGUGCUAGUCCCCCCCAGGACGUGUGGCUGCUCAGGAGGGCUCCCUCUGGAGACCGCAGCAGUGUGGGCAGUGGGGAGUCGGUGGGCAGCAGUCGCAGCGCAGGCAGCGGCCAGAGCUCAGAGAGUGGAAACAAGACCAACGGAGCAGUGCGACAUCAUGACCCGAGCAAGCUGGCGCCCCCCGGUGGAGAGUCGGCAGACCACACUCAGUCAGCUGGAGCAGAGAAACCAGAGGGAUCAGCAGCAACAGUAAAACGAGACGACUUCGCUGUCAGCCGUAAUGUUUCGCCCCCUCCUCCCCCCACCCUGGGCGCCAUGGCAACAUAA